UCGGUGGUGGAGUUUCUUUUCUCCGCCGCCUCCGCCGGCCAGUCGAAGCCGCGCAGAAGAGGAAUCAACCCCCGCCCCCGCCUCGGGUCGGCGAUGGCCGCCGGCGACACCGCGACGAUCUUCCUGGAGACGACCCUCGGCACCCGCCUCGUCGUCUCCUUCCCCGCCCGCGCCACCACCGUCGCCGACCUCAAGCGCCGGGUGAGCGCGGAGCACGCCGCCUGUUUCCCCCGCACCGGGCCAAUCGCCGUCACGUCCUUGCAGGUUAAGCUCGAUGGCUCCUGGUUUCAGCUCACCGAUUCCAUGGCUGUGCGAGCUGCAUUCGAGUGGGUCAAGGGCCCCUGGCGCCUCCUGGCUGAGGUUCAUGAGCUGGGCUCUCAUCCGCUUGCUCGCAAGGAUGCGAAAUGCGGAACCGGUGAUGCUGAACAAAAUGCCGGCCAUCCUGUCAUCGCCGAGAACUCCUUGCAGUAUAUGUUGCCUCCUGCAUUGUCUCAGGGAGGUGGCAGUGGCAGUCUUGCCUCAGGUGAUGGCGUCAGUGACACCCCACAGGUGAACCAGCAGGAUAAACCUCAGGAAGGAGUUGAGCAUGCCUUGGGUCAGCGCAAAGAUGGAAUUAUCAUGCCUGAAGAAAGGUCAGAUGCUGAUUUAGCUGCAGGAGACAGUGACACUCCACUGCCGAACCAGGAGGACAAAGCUCAGGAAUGUGUUGAGGAUGCUUCUGGUCAGCUCGAAGGUGGAAUUACCAUGCCUCAAGAAAGUUCAGAUUUUGGCUUAGCUGCAGGGGACAGUGACACCCCAUUGCCAAACCAGGAGGACAAACCUCAGGAAUGUAUUGAGGAUGCCUCUGGUCAGCUCGACGAUGGAAUUACCAUGCCUCAAGAAAGUGCAGAUUUUGGCUUAGCAGCAGGCAACAGUGACGCUCCACCAACGAACCAGCAGGACAAAUCUCAUGAAGGUGUUGAGCAUGCCUCAGGUCAGAGCGAAGAGAGAACUACCAUGCUUCAAGAAAGUUCAGAUCUUGGUGUAGCAGCAGACAAAGUUCAGAUCUCCGCAGAACCAAGAGGGAAGAAACGUUUUAGGGAGGAAGAUAAAAUCAGCGAAAGCAUCAUUGUAAACUGUGGUGACAAUCUUUCCAAUCUUGCUAGCUCCACUCUUAAUGCUGAAUUGCCUGGACCAAAGGGCUCCACUCUUAAUGCUCGCUCCACUCUGACUGACCAAGCAAAAUUGAACAGUGUCCCCUUGCCAUAUAAUUUGGAAGACAAUUCACAUGGUUUGGGGGAAAAGCCCUCUGGUGGCCAGAAGGAGAUACGAACAUCUGGUGUGCAUAAUGUUGAAAGUAGCAACAAUGAAUCGGAUAUCCCACCUCGUGUUGAGUCCACGGAAAGAGACAAGUCUUCAGACAAAGAAGUGAAAACACAGAGAGGUGACAAGGAGGAACCACGGAUAGCUGUGCGCGCUGGUGAAAGCAGCUGCAAAAGAACAGAUGUUUCACAUUUUGUUGAGUCCAUGAAAGAAGACAUCAAGAGGGCAGCUUCCAAUAGCCAUUAUCUCGACAAAGGGAAAAGUGAUGGGGCCACAUCAACUGUCAGCCAAGAACAUGGGCCUUGCUUCAGAAGAAGCCACCAGCGGGUUGUUGUGCGCAAAGUGCCUAUAAGCAGGGCAAUGAAGAUGUAUUCUUUCAGGUGUUAAUAUUAUCGCACCUGGACGAUUUGCACAAGAACCUGUUGCUGAGAAAGCUGAGGACAGUAGAGAGAAAAUGGCAAAUGCUUUUGAGUACAACCAUGCAUCUAAACCAAUGCAUUCAUGAGCUUUUCAUCAAGUAAUUUUAACAGUUGGAACCUGAGUUGUAUCCAAGUUGUAUUCAAAUGGUUGUGCGUGUAGCAUGCUCACCAAGAAACUCAAUAGCAUCUAAUCCUCUAAACUCAUGAUCCAGUGGUGUUUUUACUUAGGUUACCUAAGGUAUAAUUUUAAUUUCUGAUGAACUUCUUACUAUGGUCAUGCAAGACCAUUGUGGAUAUAUGAUGCUCAAUUGCUUAUCAUGGCUGACUUAUGGAGCUUGAUGCAAUUUAAACAAUCUAUAUUUAGCUGGAAUGUACUCAUCGGAUUAUUCUGUACUCAAAUUAUGCGCAAGCUUAUUUUGUUCA